AUGUCAGUACUGAAUGCGGUUCCCUUUCUGAGGCAAGUCCAUCUGCGCUCACCACGGCAGCAGAGACGUCACACUCUCCCGGCCAGUGAAUUCCGGUGCCUCUCACCCGAGGAUGCAGUCAGUGUUUUCGAAAUUGAGAGAGAAGGUAAGUUCAUUCAACUUAUGCGAUACCUUUACCCAAAUAAGUAGAAUUUUAAUUAAAAAAAACAAACAAACAAAAAAAAAAAAAGAACCGUACAAUUUAUAUCUAAAAAUGGUGUUCCAAUGAAAUAGGGAGAGAAAAUUAGUUAUUUCGUAAAUAAAAAUUUAACUAUUUAUAUCUGGAGUCUUGCAGUUUAUGAGGUCUACAAAGCCCUGCUGCCCCCAAACCAUUCUUUAUUGUAGACUUAGGAUGUAUGCCUUAUUUUAUAUUUGACAUUAUUUAAAAAUGUUUAGCAACUUUUUAGUCAUCCAUUUUUGUGCUUACAACACAUUCCCCAAAAUUCUCCUUUGCUCUUGCCAAUUAGUAAGUGAUUUUGCAUGGUGUAAAACUAGAACAGGUUUGCUAACUGGUAAAUAUGUCAAUAGGAGAAGGACAAUUGGAAUUGUACAUAGAAUUACAGGCUACAAGACUCAAGUACAUCAUGUUAAUCGUUUCACACAUCGCUUUUCUGGUGUUGAUUAAAAAGAAUGUUAUAAACCAAAUCUAAAGCAAUUUCCAGUUUUACCAAUAUUGAUGAUAUUGAUGGUUUAGCACAUCAUUUGAAAUUACCCUAUUUUCCUAAGUCCUUUCUCUCUCUAUCACUUACCUCAUAGCAUUCAUCUCCGUUUCCGGAGACUGUCCUCUCCACCUGGAUGAAGUACGGCACUUCUUAACCCUUUGUCCUGAGUUAUCAUUGGGAUGGUUUGAAGAGGGACGGCUUGUGGCUUUUAUCAUCGGUUCUCUAUGGGAUCAGGACAAGCUCAACCAGGUGAGUUUUCCCAACAGUUUGGGGAAGGGGGUGUUAUGUUCUAUCUUCUUUGAAAUAUGCUUGAAAUUCAAAAUCAAAGAUACAUUAAGAAGAUAGAUAACUGCUUCCGUUUGAAGCCCAAUCUAUCUUAGGGAUAUCUCAUGAUGGCCUUUUGUUAGAUGCUAUGAUUUAAGGUUCUCCUUAUAGCAGUGUCAAUGCAUCAUUUGUACUUUUCAGAAUAUGAUGCAUUAAAUAAAGACAGCUAUUUAUUGGACUUGGAGUGAGUUAAGGGAUGUGUAUGCUUUGAAAAUAUGACAUGCAGACAUUUUAGGAAAUACAUAAAUAGAUCUCAUAUUUGGAAAAAAAUUAAUUUGAAGUUGGACCUUGCUGCAGCAUUGAGUCACCUUGAACAUGUUAAGUAGAGAUGUCGCGAACUGUUCGCGAACUACCCGCAAACGGCUCGCCGUGGUUCGCCACGAACCGUUCGCGGCGAGCUCCAGUCAGCUGACACAUCCCGGCCAAUCUCCAGCAGACCCUCCCACCUCCUGGACAGCAUCCAUGUUGAAGGCAGCAUCCAUGUUGAACGGUUCGCGACAUCUCUAAUGAUAAGCUGUUUUAAUAAAGCAGGUCCAGUACCAAUUUCAGAUACAGUCUCUACUUAUAAAAAUCUUUUUUUCUUAUUGAUUUUAGCUAUGCUUGUUAAAUGUUAUGUUAAUAAUAGUGUAAUUUUUUUUUUUUAUAAUGCGGUUUCUAACAUUAUAUUGUUGUUUGUGACACUAGCAGUGAGGCCUCCUAAACUCAAGAUUUAAUAAUUAAACAAUGAACGGAGAUGUUUCAUUCAAACGCAAAUAUUACAGUUGGAACACUUUCAUUUGGAAAACGGUUCCAACUUCAUUAUUUUGGCCUGAAUUUUCUCAAUUUGUAGCUUAAUGGAUAAAACCGAAGAUGGUGUGUUCAGUAACUUCCUACAUUUUCAUUCAAAGCCAAUAGAAAUGGUGCUAGGAUGGAGCUACACUCUGAAUGCAGUGCCAUGAUGGCACCAUUAUGAUGCUUAUCAGUUUGAAGACAAUAGCUAUAAGCUAAUAUUCUAGGCAUCUGUCUUUUUGGUAUGUGAUUGUUUCCCACCUUGCAUGGUUCUUUCUUCUAUAAAAAGCGGUGUAUAUUAUCAUGGAUGAAAGGAGAACCCUCAAUUAAGUAGGGCACAUACCUGAACAAGGAAAUUAACUAGCUAAAUAAUCAUUUUUCUCUCCUUGCAGGAUGCUCUCACACUGCACAAACCGCACGGGUCCUCCGUUCACAUCCACGUCCUUGCAGUGCACCGUACCUUUCGACAACAGGGAAAGGGCUCCAUCCUUCUCUGGCGUUACCUCCAGUACCUGCGCUGCCUGCCUUUUGCACGCCGGGCCGUGCUAAUGUGUGAAGACUUUUUGGUUCCUUUCUACUCCAAAUGUGGCUUCAAAGCUGUGGGCCCUUGUGAUGUCACAGUGGGACCUCUGGCCUUUAUUGAGAUGCAGUGUUCUGUCCGAGGACAUGCAUUUAUGCGCAGGAACAGUGGAUGCUAACACAAAUCCUGCCUCCUAUUAACCUGUUUGCUUGCAUUGGGGAGCCUGUGAUGCACUGUAGAGCAGAGUAUAACAGACCUCCCUUGGUAGCAAAUGGAUUGAUGGACAAUCCUCUGGGGCGUCAAAAAUUAAACAUUUUAGUACUUCUGUCCUUAAGGGGUUAUUUUGCAUUGCAUAGCCAUAUCUGUCUUAUUAACCCCUUACUGGCCUGACACAGUGGAUCAUUCAUCUUUUCUUGAAAGCAAACUUACCUCUGUAUAAAACCCACACCUCACCCAUCAUUGUCACUGUAUAAACACCUUUCACU